AUGGAUUCGCAAGACAUCUUUGAGGAAGUAGCGUCACAAACGGGAGCCGCCUUGGCAGCGCUGACUAUCGACGACUGCACAAGGCCUAAGAAUGGUGCUUCACUUGUCGCGUGGACACUUCAGGACUGGCAACCUUGUGGCAUUGAAACACACGUGCUGCUAAGCAGUUUUCCAGGAACAUGUGACGGCAAUCCGGCUGCUGAGCCAGUAGGUACCGAUGCCACGGAGCGGGAGCUAGAGCGCGUGCUAACACGCUUCGAGGAGGAUAGCCUCCAGCACCGAGAACGCAUCGUCUGCGUCGUGCGCAUUAACAACCGAACGUUACGGGAGCUGUACGACAGCAGGCGGGGAGAGAUGAAGAAUUGCGGCGCCCAACAGCAGGAGGAGCGAUACCUGUGGUGUCCCGUGGCAAAGGCAGAAUUGGCCAAUAUUGCGACCAAGGGAUUCAAAUCCCUCGAACGGAAGCCCUUGUACAUGGCCAACGCGGCAUGGGCUUUGGAAAAGGCAGAGGACAUGGAACGAAGAGGGGAGCCGGUGGUGCAGCCUUUUGUGGCUGAGGCUAAACCAGCAGCUGUAGAAGCAUCUGCGCCCACGGUUGUGGAGGCACCGGCAUCGACAGCGACCUCGGCCAUCACCGUCGUGCCCAGCACAAUGGACAGCAGGUCGGGCGCCGCUUCAUCAAUUUCUGCCCAGGAGCCCACCAGCAGUCGGUUUAAGUUGCCAUCCUUUCGAGUGCCCUCACUUUUUUCAGCGCUUCCAUCGCUUUUUAGCCCAGGGAGACACAAGCGCGAGGACACGCCGAUGCCGUCGGCAAGCGCCUGGCCGAGAGGCCUUCCUGGGACAGAAGCAACCGGCAAGGGCUGCGCACUACUGCUGUGCCGGGUGGCCCCGGGUACAAUGCAGCUAGGCCGCAUCGGCGGCGAGGUCUCCAAGGCACACUCGAUAAUGGAUAUGGAGUUGGUCAGGGAAUCAAGCGAGAAGCGCCGCGCAGCGGCUGCUGCUGCAGGACGCUUCGUGCCGCAUAUUAUUCGGGAGGCUGCCGAGGACCCAGCCUGGGAGGCCAAGGGUAUGUACGCCAGCGACUUGGUAAUGGAGCUGCAGUGUGCUGCUGCUCAGGCAUACCCCGAGUACAUCGUGCACUUUGCCUAA